CGGGCAGCCCCGGCCGCCAGAGGUCCCCCGAUGAUGGCGGCGAUGGCGGUGGUUGUGCUGCGGGGACCCCGAGGGCACUUCCGGUGGCGGGUGCCGACCUGUACGCGCGGGGUCCGGGGCGCGGCGAGCCCAGCGGGAGCAGGGCAGCAGGACUUUGAUCUCUUGGUGAUUGGUGGGGGAUCUGGUGGCCUGGCUUGUGCCAAGGAAGCUGCUCAGCUGGGAAAGAAGGUGGCUGUAACUGACUAUGUGGAACCAUCUCCCCAAGGUACCAGGUGGGGCCUCGGCGGCACCUGUGUCAACGUGGGUUGUAUUCCCAAGAAGCUGAUGCAUCAGGCAGCACUGCUGGGGGACAUGAUCCGAGAUGCCCACCACUAUGGCUGGGAGGUGGCUCAGCCUGUCCAGCAUGACUGGAAUAAAAUGGCAGAAGCUGUGCAGAACCAUGUGAAGUCCUUGAACUGGGGUCACCGUGUCCAACUGCAGGACAGGAAAGUCAAGUACUUUAACAUCAAAGCCAGUUUUGUCGACAAGCACACAGUUUGUGGUGUUACAAAAAGUGGAAAGGAGACUCUGCUUUCAGCUGACCACAUUGUUAUUGCUACAGGAGGGCGACCAAAGUACCCUACACACAUUGAAGGAGCCUCGGAAUAUGGAAUUACAAGUGAUGAUAUCUUCUGGCUGAAGGAGUCGCCUGGGAAAACGUUGGUGGUUGGGGCCAGCUAUGUGGCCCUGGAGUGUGCUGGCUUCCUCACAGGAAUUGGACUGGACACCACCGUCAUGAUGCGCAGCAUCCCUCUCCGAGGCUUUGACCAGCAAAUGUCAUCUUUGGUCACCGAGCACAUGGAGUCUCAUGGCACCCGGUUCCUGAAGGGUUGUGUCCCCUCUCGCAUUGAAAAGCUCCCAGCUGGCCAACUGCAAGUCACCUGGGAUGACCAUGCCUCUGGCAAGGAAGGCACAGGCAUCUUUGACACCGUCCUGUGGGCCAUAGGGCGAGUUCCAGAAACGAGAAAUCUGAAUCUGGAAAAGGCUGGAGUGAAUACCAACCCCAAGAAUCAAAAGAUUCUUGUGGAUGCUCAGGAGGCCACCUCUGUCCCCCACAUCUUUGCCAUUGGGGAUGUUGCUGAGGGGCGGCCAGAGCUGACACCCACAGCGAUCAUGGCAGGGAAGCUCCUGGCCCAGCGGCUCUAUGGGAAAUCCUCAGCCCUAAUGGAUUACAGCAAUGUUCCCACGACCGUCUUCACACCACUGGAGUAUGGCUGUGUAGGGCUGUCAGAGGAGGAGGCUGUGACUGUCCAUGGCCAAGAGCAUGUUGAGGUUUACCAUGCAUAUUAUAAGCCACUGGAGUUCACAGUGGCUGAACGGGAUGCAUCCCAGUGCUACAUAAAGAUGGUGUGCUUGAGGGAGCCCCCACAGUUGGUGCUGGGCCUGCACUUCCUUGGCCCCAAUGCUGGAGAAGUUAUACAAGGAUUCGCUCUGGGGAUCAAAUGUGGGGCCUCUUAUACACAGGUAAUGCAGACAGUGGGCAUCCAUCCUACCUGCUCAGAGGAGGUGGUCAAGCUGCGCAUCUCCAAGCGUUCAGGCCUGGACCCUACUGUGACCGGUUGUUGAGGUUAAAGCACCAUCCCUGCCAAACUGAGGGCACACAUGUGCCAUCACCCACUAGGAGGCUCCUCAGUCAGCUGGACCCAGGACUAACAGACCUUGGAGCCUCUCCUGGAGAUUCCAGAAGACAUCCAUGGAGCACCGUGUGUCCUGCAGGGAUGGCCCCAGGGAGCAUUCAGCUCACACCUGUACCCUGAUGCCCUCUUUGGCCUGGCCAGCCUUCCUGGGCUCCCAGUGCCAGAUAAUGAUGACCUGGGCAGAAACCCACAUGUGGGCUGCCCAUGUCUGAACCCCCUGGCAUUUCUGGAGUGCCAAUAAAGAGGGUGUUUUCCUACA